AUGUACGACGAGGCCAAGGCCGCCCAGAAACCGCCUUCGCCGCCACCGGCCUUUGCGGCCGCACCUCCGCCCGCGGACGCACGCGGCGGGCUUCAAGUUCUGGGCUACUCGACGCAGCGCAUCAAGUUCUUCCGCGACAACUUCGCGGACUUCACCGCGCAGGAGUUCCAGUGCCAGGUGCAGGAGCACGUGAACAAGCUCGUGAAGCACGAGAUCAUCCCGUUCAUCCGGAAGCGUUCUUUUGCAAUCCCGGUGCAGGACUUCGAGGUGCCGCGCGCGCCCGUGCGCCUGCUGUCGGCGAAGGCGCCGGAGGAGGAGAAGGCCGCGGCCGAGAAGGAGCCGAGCACCGAGGAGCCCAAGGACGAGGCCGCGGAGUCGUCGCCGUCCAUCGGGAAGCGCCUCAUCGACGGCUGGGAGGCGCUGUCGGCGCGGGCGCGCACGCUCGACGCGAAGGAGGUCGCGCGCAUCGCCCAGGGCGAGCUCCGCCAGGCCUACGCGGAGCUCACGGGCGCGGACCGCGGCAGCGUGCUGAAGACGUCCGUCACGUUCCACGACGACGCCGCGGCGCCCGCCGCCGACGGCGCCGAGGAGGUCGACGAGCGCGAGAAGCAGCUCCUGGUCAUCGACGCGCGCGACAACUGGGAGAAGCUCCGCGCGCGGCUCAAGGAGGCGCCGAUCAUUUCCGACAUCCUCAAGGGCGCGGGCAAGGCGCGCGACGCGGCCGCGGCGACGGCGGCGGGCCGCGCGGCGGCGGCGGGGCGGGACCGCGUGAACGACAAGAUCGAGGACGCGCGCGAGUUCUGGGAGACGAGCCAGAACCCGCUCGUCUACCAGGCGUCGUCGAUCGUCGACGCCGUGACGGCGGAGACGGACAUGGCCGCGGCGACGCGGGAGCUGCGGCGGCUGGACCCCCGGUUCUCCAUGGAG